AUGGUAAUUAAUCUAUCAGAUCUCUGGAAUCUCUACAUCGGCCCCGUCCAAACCCCAUCUGUGAAUACAACCAUCGAGCCAACCCCCAUCCCCUCUGCAGACCUCAUCCCCCCACCUUACCUCGAUUAUCCAGAUACAACAUAUGCCAAUUACUCAUUCCCCAAAGGCUUCUGGUGGGGUGUUGCAUCAGCCUCGUAUCAGGUCGAAGGCGCCGUCAAAGCAGAAGGUCGAGGACCGAGUAUUUGGGAUGCAUUCACUCACAGAGCGAUGAGUGUAGCGGAUAACCAGACGGGGGAUGUCGCAAUUAAUGAGUAUUAUACUUAUAAGCGAGAAAUCCAACGCAUCGCAGCAAUGGGCGUAAAAGCCUACUCCUUCUCCAUUUCCUGGUCACGGAUAUUCCCCUUUGGUAACGGUCCCAUCAACGAAGCUGGGCUGAAGCAUUACGACGAUCUCAUCGAGACCUGUAUACAAUAUGGUGUCCAACCACAUGUCACCAUGUAUCACUGGGAUCUGCCACUCUACCUCCAACUGUCAUACGGCGGAUGGACAGACGCACGGAUCGUGGAUGACUUUGUAGACUACGCCAAAGUCCUCCUCACUCGCUGGGGAGAUAAAGUCGCCCAGUGGUAUACAUUCAACGAACCGAUUUCGUUUUGCGGCGAGUAUCCCGUGCCUGAGGGGUACUUUCCCCGUAACACUGAUAUCCCUGAUGUGCAGCAGAAGUUCUGGUGUGGGCAUUAUAUGCUGCUUGCGGCGGGGAGGACGUAUCGACUUGCGCGGUCGAUGAAUAUCACGGCGCCUAUCACUGUUAAGAAUAACGGUGGGUAUAAACUGCCUCGUACUAAUUCCAGUGAAGAUAUCGAAGCAGUCGAACGCGCAUACGCAUUCAACGAAGGCUGGUUCGCGGAUCCAUUAUUCCUCACUGGCGACUAUCCACCCCGUCUGAAGAACUUCACAUCAACCUUCCUCCCUGAAUUCACCGAAGAAGAAAAAGCCAUGAUAAAAGGCGCAAGCGACUACUUUGCCCACGACGCAUACACAGCAGCCUACUAUGCAGCCCCGGACGCCGGGAUAGCUGCCUGCCUAACCGACCCCUCCAACACACUCUACCCAACCUGCUACAACUCAUCUUACACCCUCCCACCCUCCCAAGGCGGUUGGCUCAUCGGCCCAGCCGCAGACCCCAGCUCGCGCUGGCUGCACAAAGCAACCGAGUACCUUCCCGCGUUCCUAAAAUACAUCCAAAACACCUGGAAACCGGAAAAGGGCAUCGUGAUCACAGAGUUUGGGUUCACGGAGCCGUUUGAGGCAUACAAGACGAAGAGGGAGGAUAUACUUACCGAUCCGAUUCGGUCUGCGUAUUAUCGUGAUUAUGUGCAGGGGAUGCUGGUGGCGAUAUCAGAGGGGGUGAAUCUGGUGGGAUGUUUGGCGUGGUCGAUUGCGGAUAAUCUGGAGUGGACGGCGGGGUUUACGGUUAAGUUUGGCUUGCAGGUAAGAUCUUAUGUUGAGUUGGUGAGAUGA